UACUUACGACAUCUGUCUAUACUUCUAUCGGACAGUUGCCCUCCAGCGGAAAUGGCAGUCAAUGACAAGUCUUUGUAACCUGGAAUCAGGUAGAGGAUUCAGGACAACACAUUAUUGAAAUUCACAUGAGUAUUGUUCCUUUACCACCUCUGGUUAGCUAAGAAAACCAUACGGAUUUGUUGGGCAUACAGGGUGGCAGGUAGCCUAGCGGUUAGAGGCGAGCCAGCAACUGGAAAAAUGUGAAACCUUUAUGUGUGUCUUUUUGUAGGGGUUGGGUUUCAAGCGGAAGUCAAAUUUAAGUUGCAUAAUUUGCCGAUAAAAUUAUGUUAAUCUUGCGUUAAUGUCUUGCGUUAAUUUAUGUUAACUGCGAUGAGUGUUGGCGAAGUGUACCAUCGAGUCAAUCAGUCGAUACUUUAAAAAUGUCCAUUAGUUAAUGCUUACUUUGUACGCAUGUUUGUCCAGUGUAAUUGCGUUUUUUAAUUUUGGUGCUGCAAUCUGUGGUUUUAGUUAAACACUUAAUUUGUUCUGUGCUGCAAUCCGUAGUGUUUGUUAAAAACUUCAUUCUACAUACACACGGUUGUUUAGCUAUCGGGAAUCGGCGGCCAGAGUUUGGUCACACAGGCACUCCGUUUUUCUACACAGAGAGGAGAUCCACUGGAGUUGGUGGGACGAGGGAGCGAGAAUGGGCGGGGUAAUCUCACCGGCGCCACUUUAAUAAUAAAAAAAGCAGCCGCACAGACCUGUCAAUCAACAAGCAACCCAGACAGACAUUAGCCCCCGGUGGCUGACUGUGAGCUGUAAGAGAGCAGCGUCAUAGUUGGCCGAGAGCCCCACCGUCUGGAAUGAAACGGGCUCAGCGAUUGGCUUGACUUUUUGCCCUAGACAACUCACUCUCUCUCUCCCUUUUGUUAUUGCAAGCAAACUGGAGAAGAGCCGAGGGAGCAGCAGGAUGAACGAAGGGAGCGAGAGAGGGCGAUAGACUGAUAACAGUCGACACAGACAGCUCCACAGAGAGAGGGGUAAAGGGGAAAAUAUAUUUGGAAUACUGCUUCAGAUCUCCCUCUACUUAUUUGUCCAGUUCUCCUGUUGAUUUGGAGAUGUCAGUGAACCCCCCCAACAGCAACGAUGCCUGCCUGAGCAUCGUGCACAGCCUCAUGUGCCACCGACAGGGCGGUGAGAACGAGGGCUUUGCCAAGCGUGCCAUAGAGAGCCUGGUAAAGAAGCUGAAGGAGAAGAAGGAUGAGCUGGACUCGCUCAUCACCGCCAUCACCACCAACGGAGUUCACCCCAGCAAGUGUGUCACCAUCCAGAGGACGCUUGAUGGACGCCUGCAGGUAGCUGGGAGGAAAGGGUUCCCCCAUGUGAUCUAUGCUAGGCUCUGGCGCUGGCCAGACCUCCACAAGAAUGAACUGAAGCACGUCAAGUUCUGCCAGUUCGCCUUUGACCUCAAGUAUGACAACGUGUGUGUCAACCCCUACCACUACGAGCGAGUGGUAUCGCCAGGCAUCGUUGGUCUCAGCAUUCAAAAUGCAGGUCAUCCAGGUCGGCUGAUCAAAGAGGAGUACAUCCAUGACUGUUUUGAGAUGGACCUCCCCUCCAGGAUGCCCCCCCAGCCCGAGCGCUACAACCAGCCCCUCCCCCCACUGCAGAUGCCCCCCGAGCCGCCCCGCGCCCCAUCCUCUGUCAACCUUUACCCCAGCAUGCCCCUCUCUCCGCCAGUGAGCAGCUCCAUGAUGGGGCCCAUGUCUGGGGGCCACGGCGAGGGCCUGCUCCAGAUCGCCUCUCCCCAGAGCCAGGGCAUGCCCCAGACGCCGCCCCCCACCCCCACACACGGGCCACCCCCCCAGCCCCCUACCCCUCACAGCCAGAGUGACUACAGCAGCAGCUCCAAACACACACAGACACAGAGCUCCUAUCACACGACCUGGACAGGCACCAGCACGGCCUCCUAUACCCCUGUAGGAGCCCAGCAGAAUGGGCGUGGCCACCAGCAACCACCACUGCACCACCCCAACCACUUCUGGUCUCAGCAACAUCACAGCGCACCCGCCUUUCCUCAGCCAGUCUCCAACCAUCCAGGUCCAGAGUUCUGGUGCUCCAUCUCCUACUUUGAGAUGGACAUCCAGGUUGGGGAGAUGUUCAAGGUCCUGGCUAACUGCCCCGUGGUGACAGUGGACGGAUACGUGGACCCCUCAGGUGGCGACCGCUUCUGUCUGGGCCAGCUCAGCAACGUGCACCGCACCGACGCCAGCGAGAGAGCCAGGUUGCACAUUGGGAAGGGGGUGCAGUUGGAGUGUCGUGGUGAGGGGGAUGUGUGGAUGCGUUGCCUUAGCGACCAUGCAGUGUUCGUACAGAGCUACUACCUGGACCGGGAGGCGGGGCGAGCCCCGGGAGACGCAGUUCACAAGAUCUACCCUGGGGCCUACAUGAAGGUGUUUGACCUGCGUCAGUGCCACAGGCAGAUGCAGCAGCAGGCAGCCACUGCCCAGGCUGCAGCAGCAGCACAGGCUGCAGCAGUGGCAGGCAACAUCCCAGGGCCUGGCAGUGUGGGGGGAAUCGCCCCGGCAGUCAGUCUGUCGGCGGCAGCCGGGAUAGGUGUGGACGACCUGCGGCGGCUGUGUAUCCUGCGGCUCAGCUUUGUGAAGGGCUGGGGGCCCGACUACCCCCGGCAGAGCAUCAAGCACACCCCCUGCUGGGUGGAGGUCCACCUGCACCGCGCCCUGCAGCUGCUGGAUGAGGUGCUGCACACCAUGCCUCUGGCUGACCUAGGAGGUCACGGACAUGUCAACUAAGCAGUGUGUGUGUGGGUGUGUGUGUGAGAGAGAGGUGGCGGUGUCUCAGUUGCUUGGUUUGGAUGAUAACUGCCCUUCAUGAACACUACAGUACGUUUUGGAUUGGAUACCUUUUUCCCCACCACCUGAAACACGACUGUAGGCUUUAAUAGAAACUUGUAUCGAACUUCUAUCGAAAAGGUAUUUUCAUGCUUUUAUAUAUUUUCCUGUUUGAAUCGCCUGAUUUUCCUGAAGCAGUUUAGACUGCAAAAUGUACUUGCUCAACAGACAAUCUUUUCACAGAGACUGGAACUUGCACUAAAGGCAUCAAUGUUUUCUAGUAGUGGUAGAGACUAUAAGGGAUGCACUGUGUCACAACAAUGGAAACUGGCCUCGUACCGCCAAUGACCUGGUAACCUGCCUGGAUAAAACACUUUGGGAAUUGUUCAGAAAGUCAGAAUGAUAGCACAUGUGCUGCAGUGGAUUCUCACUUAAGCAGUGUUGGAAUGAUGCCUUGAUUACAGGGCAGCAGACUCAGACAGGUAUAUUGCAUCUGGAGAAUGCUGCUGUCCUUUAACUGCCUUCAGUAGGGUCUGUUUGUUCUUCAGGGAGAAAUUGAAAUAAUAGUCACCACAAUCUCCAUCAAACUUUGCUCUUAUCAGUAUUUUUCAUCAACCUGCAUCAUGUGACUCAGUUAUAUUUAUACUGAACAAAAAUAUAAACGCAACAUGUAAAGUGUUGGUCCCAUGUUUCAUGAGCUGAAAUAAAAGAUCCCAGAAAUUGUCCAUACGCACAAAAGCUUAUUUUUAUCAAAUGUUGUGCACACAUUUGUUUACAUUCCUGUUAAUGGGCAUUUUAUCCUGUGUCAAGAUAAUCCAACCACCUAAGAGGUGUGGCAUAUCAAGAAGCUGAUUGAACAGCAUGAUCAUUACACAGGUGCACCUUGUGCUGUGAACAAUGAAAGGACACUCAAAAAUGUGCAGUUUUGUCACAACACAAUGCCACAGAUGUCUCAAGUUUUGAGGGAGCGUACAAAUGUCCAUCAAAGCUGUUGCCAGAGAAUUAAAUGUUCAUUUCUCUACCAAAAACUAGAAUUUGGCAGUACGUCCAACCAGCCUCACAACCGCAGACCACAUGUAACCACGCCAGCCCAGGACCUCAACAUCCGGCUUCUUCACCUGUGGGAUAUUCAGGGGGGGGCCUCAUUCUGAUUGCCUGGGUCUGGCUUCCCAUUGCUUGGGCCUGGCUCCCAAGUGGAUGGGCCUAUGUCUUCCCAGGCCCACCCAUGGCUGCUCCUCUGCCCAGUCAUGUGGAAUCCAUAGAUUAGGGCCUAAUGAAUUUAUUCCAAUUGACUGAUUUCCUUAUAUGAACUGUAGCUCAGCAAAAUCUUUGAAAUUGUUGCAUGUUGCAUUUAUAUUUGUGUUCAGUAUAGUUACCAAAAACAAGAAAUGGAAUAUCAAGAAUCUCAUUGAUUAUAUUUAUUGAUGGAAGUUUCUACACAGGAUUUGUAACGUUUUGUUCAUUCAGAUAAACAGACCAAAGUUGUCAGAAAGUGAACGAUUUUUCACUGCUAUUUUAUGGCCAAAAAACAUUUGCUGAAUGUGCCUAUCUUCGUUUUGUGUCCUGUCUUUGUUCAACCAAAGCAUGUAAUUGUGUUGAUGUAUGCCAAGAUAUGCCUUUAACUAAAGUACCGCUAGGCCUAAUUAAAGACAAGGUCAUUCAUUCAUUAAUUUGGUGCCUUCAUUUUGAAGUACUGACAAAAGAUUACAAACCCCACAGAAAAAAACGGCCUUCAUUUGUUGGUUUUCUUAGUACAUUCCUGCUUCAAUGCUCCUCUUGUCAGCCAAAGUGAUGUAUCUACUGCAACUAAAGAUUGUGUGUUAGUGAAGUGAGAACACAAAUCACCUCAUGUUGUAUAUGUCGUACAGUAUGACUUCAUUGGCUGUAUUACAUUUGUCCAGUAGGACACCUAGUGAACUUUCUGGGUACUACGUGCAUUCGCAGUCCUUCCAUGUUGAUGUAGGGCCUGUGACUGGUUUACUUCACCAAAUGAUAUAUCCAGAAUAUAGUAGUUUGUAAAACAAAUGUAUUGUUUUAUAUGUAUAUUUAUGUCUAAUUUGGGACACUUAUAAAACACACAUGAGGGUCUCUGCUUCUCUUUAAGCUCCUAAUGUUAACCAUGUGAGGGUCAACGAUGAGAACAUAUCUAUAAUCGUAAAUUGUUUGUUAUGUAUUUUUCUUGUAAAUCAUAAUAUUAGCAGCAGUCAUUGUUUUUUUACAGUAUACUUUCAGCUGUCUGUAGUCAGCUUGAUUCUGCCUCUUUGGUAGAUAUGAAUAGGAUUUAGUAUUGAGUUAGAAUUGACCAAAAUAUACUAUUUUUGCAUUCGUCUUGAACAUAGCUUUAUAAUGGUUGUUUUAGUGUUUUUGUAAUGUAAAUUAUGAUGUAUGUAGGUUAUAACUAUUGUAAAGUUUACUAAGAAUUAAACUGUUUUUAUAAAAUCUG